ACUUUCAGUGGGUAAGUCAGCCCAAAAGGCGUACGGGGCAGUGCGUCGACAUGAACUGAGACCUUUUCACAAGUGCCUUUUAGCUAUGUUCCCGCUGCAAGGUCGUGUAGAUAACAGUUGACAUUAGAUCACCGCUAGUACUCUAAAUCCCACACAAGAUUUUGGUUUAGUGGUUUUAAGUGAAAAGAAGACGUCGACGCCCUCGAAAAGCAAAUGGGACUCUGACACCGCUCUCAACUUCGAAUUUCCCGCGAUCUCCACAACCCACUUCGGCAACGCGCGUGACAACCUCUCCCUCCGGAGCCCCCCCGUGCCAAGGGAGCCUCGCGAGUGAGCAGCGGCGACCAUCACAGCCACACCGGACGCCCCAGACACACCCACGCCCAGCCCAGACAUGGAGGGCGAUGAGAAGAACAAGAGCAAAUCUGCGGGAGGCGGUGGAGGUGGCGGAGGAGGAGGAGGUGGAGGAGGCGACGGAGGAGGCAUGGAGAUGAGCCAGUACGGGUUGAACGGCACGUCGCUCCCUCAGACGCCCAACGACGCCGGGCAAGUGGCGCCCACCGCGGAGCACCACCUGCGAGGCACCUGGUCCAACCACCUCGACUUCAUCCUCUCCCUCGUCGGCAACGCCAUCGGUAUCGGCAAUGUGUGGCGGUUCCCUUAUAUCUGCUACAAGAACGGUGGAGGUGCCUUCUUGAUCCCCUACGUGCUGACGGUGCUGUGCUGCGGCGUGCCCACGUUUUUCCUGGAGGUGUCCAUGGGCCAGUACUUCGGCACGGGCGGCCUUACCGUGUGGAGGAUAACACCCAUCUUCAAGGGUGUUGGCUAUGGCGCCGCUGUCAUGUCCGUGUGGCUUAACAUCUACUACAUUGUCGUCUUGUGCUGGGCGCUUUUCUACUUCUUCCAGAGUCUCACUGCCCAGCUACCAUGGGGCUCGUGCAACAACUGGUGGAACACUGAGACCUGCGUGUCCCCCUACGCCCGGAACAGCCUCGAAUGCUGGGACGAAUCCUACAAUUCCACCGCCAACGAAACCUUCUGCACCGUCGGCAACCUUACGAGGGUCAGUGUGUUGAACAUCACCGAUCCCGUCAAGGAGUUCUGGGAAAAACGGGCUCUGCAAAUUUCCGAAGGCAUUGAUCAUCCAGGCACCGUCCGCUGGGAGUUGGCCCUGACUCUCCUCCUGGCUUGGAUCCUCUGUUACUUCUGCAUCUGGAAGGGCGUCAAAUGGACUGGAAAGGUGGUGUACUUCACGGCCCUGUUCCCGUACAUCCUCAUGGUCAUUUUGUUCAUCCGUGGCGUGACUCUCCCGGGUGCCAUGACAGGCAUUCGCUUCUACCUGAUUCCUGACAUCGCUAAGCUGGCGGACAUCACGGUGUGGGUGGAGGCGGUGUCGCAGGUGUUCUGGUCCUACGCCCUUGUGUUGGGCUCGCUUAUCGCUCUCGGAUCCUACAAUAAGUUUGAUAACAACUGUUAUAAGGACUCGCUCAUCCUCUGCACCAUCAACUCCUGCACGUCCUUCUUCGCUGGCUUCGUCAUCUUCUCCGUCGUCGGUUUCAUGGCGGAGGCGCAGCAGAAGUCCGUAGCUGACGUGGCUGCUUCAGGACCCGGUCUGGCGUUCUUGGCGUACCCGACGGCGGUGCUGCAGCUGCCCGUGUCUCCCCUGUGGUCCGCGCUCUUCUUCCUUAUGGUACUCAUGCUUGGACUCGACUCUCAGUUCUGCACGAUCGAGGGCUUCAUCACGGCCGUGUCUGACGAGUGGCCUAAAUACCUGCGCAAACACAAGGAACUCUUUAUCCUUAUCGUGUGUAUCCUCUCCUACCUGGUUGGCCUGUCGUGCGUCACGGAGGGCGGAAUGUACGUGUUCCAGAUUCUAGAUACCUACGCCGCCUCCGGAAUGUGUCUCAUCUCCUUGAUCAUGUUCGAGUGCCUGGCCAUCAGCUGGGGCUUCGGCGCCGACAGGUGGUACGACUGCGUCAAGGAGAUGAUCGGAUAUUACCCCUUCUUCUGGUGGAAGUUCUGCUGGAAGUACAUUACGCCCAUCACUUGCUUCAGCGUGUUCAUGUUCAACGUGGUGAUCUGGUCUCCUCCCAAGUACGUGACCUACGAGUUCCCCGGCUGGACCCACUUCAUCGGCUGGCUCAUGGCGCUGUCCUCCAUGCUAUGCGUCCCGGGCUACGCCAUCUACAAAUUCAUCACCACCCCCCACCCCGGCACCUGGAAGGAGAGACUAAUAGCGAUCACAAAGCCGGAACUGGACUUGGAAGCCUUGAAAAACAAGUACACCAGCGCCAGCGCGCAGGAGGCCACCGCCGUGUAGAGCCUCCGCCUGAUAAGCCCGAUAAAUCCCACACACCUCCGCGAUAUCGCUGCUUAGUAGGGGGACGACUGCGAGGGGGGUAGGGGGAUGCACUUCUUAUCAUACAGCUCCGCCUCCUUGUGGAGAGAAAGGCAGGAGUCUUCGUUCUUUCUUCGUUAUGGACUCGGCAGUGAUAAGGGUGCUCCAGAAUUUUGUCUGAAUUACCGUUUUCUUUUUUCUUUUUUUCUCGUUUUCUUUUUAUCCCUUUGUACCCUCGUGCGUUGCUCUAUUCGAUUAUCUGUUUUGCUCCAGGGUCACACGCUGCCAUUAUCACUGUGCGGAUGUCUGCAGGUUUCAAAGUGAUCUGCACAAAAAGGGUGACAUGGAGUGUGUUGUUCCUUUGGACGAAGGAUUUUCGGAUACUGUAGGAAUUGAGGAUCACCCGUCAGCACCCACACAAGCACACCACACGCCUUCACCGACUCACUUGCACCCCCCCUUCACAGAGACACAUAACCCCCCACCACCACGUCCUUCCCCUCCCUCCUGCUCCUCCUCCGUCCCCCCCUACUAGCGGCUUGUAAGGGCAUGUUCCCCUCGAAGAAGCUGGAACCACCUCCGGACGCCGCUGUCGCCGUUCCGUUGCGCCGCUUCUCACCAUGUUCUCCGAGGAGUAGACGAGGACCCAGCUUUACUCUCAUCCUCGUGGGGAUGGCAACAGCAUCAGGAAAGGCAGCAUCCCCACGCGUUGUCGGGGCGUAAUCUUGUUGUUCGUUUCUGUUGUAUUUUAAUUUGUUUGUGUUCUCUCUGAUGGCCAUUAUCCAGGUCCGGGUUAGGAGACUUCCGUUAUUUUAUCAUACGAUAAGAUUUUUGGUAUUAUCUUUUUUUUUUUAGCUUUGCAUUUCCUGUUGUUUUUUUAGUUAUGAUUAAUAUGUGUUUUUUUUUUCUGUGUGAGAGAAAUGUGGUUGGUAUAUAUAUAUAUGAGCGUUUUGACGAAAUAUAACGAGAGUUAGGAGUUACUGAUUAUCUGUUGUUGCCAUUACCUUGGGAGUUUUAUCUAGCAUUUUGAAGGCUGUAGAUACAAUAAACAAAUUGUUGAAUAUUGUGGAUAAUUUAUUUAGGACGCUGAGACAAUAUUAAAGCAAAAGUUGUAUGCCCCCAUGAUGGUACUUUUAAAUAAGGUACUACGCUGAACAGGGGGUUAUUGUUCUAACGCUACAGAAAUGCAAUUUUUUCUUCAGAUUAUAUCGAUGUUUGUGAGAUGGUUUGUCGGUCGCCGUCUGAGCGGCUGUUGUAUUUUGAUGUUAAAUAAUUAUCAAGAAUAUCUAUGUCAAUUUGAAUUUGUAAAGGGCUUCCACAUUGUCUUCCAAUUUAGGAUACUUUUACAUAUCAAACGAGAUAAUCCUAGACAUGAAUGUAACUGAAAUCUUAUUUUAGUCACGCAGUUGUAGUCUGACCUGUUGGAACUGUUGAGGUAACUGUUUACCUUCUUUUUGGGGCCAAGGCAAUUAGUGCCGAAUGGUUCUUCACUCGUUAAAACAUAGUCUUUGACCUUUUAGCACCGGACCCCCGCGCGGCCCAGCGAUAAGGUCAACCUAUUGGUGUAGUAAGAUGUGAAUGACGACCUUAUUAAAAAAAAAAAAAAGUUGUUUGUGGAGUUCAACACUUAGCAUCGUUUUUCUUGUUGUUGGUCCUGUCUUCACUUUAGAACACAGUAGUUUGUAUGCGAGCAAUAACAUCACCUCUUUUUAGCCGUUUGGUCUCCCCUAAUCCCUCGCCCCCCCCCCCCCCCCCCCGGUCUUGACCCCUUCCCUCGCCCCUGUGUACCCUCCUGUCUACCGGUUAUCUCUUCUAAAACUCCCCGACGUUGUCAGUGGUCCAUCGGAAACAUCUCGAACAUUCUUUUUUUUUUUAAUUUGUCAUCAGCAAAUUUUGACUCAAAAUUACAACUUAAAAAACAAAAAACAAUCCGUGAGUCACAGUUACGGGAGUCUCCCACUUCCCCCCCUCCCUCCCCCUUCCCCCCUCCCUCCCCCUUCUUGUCAGUCUUGUUGGUGACAGCUCGCGUGGUUUUAGCCAAUCAGAAUCAGCGAAUUUGAGAAUGAAUCACAACUGCCAACACAGCAUCGAAGGCGUCGGUUCUCUUGGAGCCUUGCGCGCCUCACCAUUCAACCAUCCCUCCAGCCAAUCAGCGCACGAGUAGGAGUGAGACACGCCUUGCUCUGGCCCCGCCCCUUCUCUCAUAUGAUGCUUUCUUAUUGGCUAAAACCGAGCUAUUUUGUAGACUACAUAUUACUACCAAAUGUAAAAUAAGCAAUGAAUGUAUGUAUUGCCAGUAAGUUGAACUGUGUACAUGUUAUAUGUUAAGAUAAUGUUUUGCACCGACUCGUUAAUUAACCCUUUAUCCGCGGAAGAACCAUAUAUGGUCGACGAACGAAUUAACAAGUCAACAUCAGAAAAAAAAAACAUAUAUGGUUUUGCCUCAAAUCUCUAUUCCCCUUGAAUUUUUCGGUGAAAUUUUUAUCCCCAUGCCUUAGAUAUGUAUAUCUGCCGAUACAUUACUGUAAAAAAAAAAAUGAAAAGUAAUCGUAUUCUUUCAGAAAUUACGAAGAAACUGAUAUGAUAAUAGUAAUAUCACAAGAGAAUUGAUAAAAGCCAGCUGUCAGGAAGCCAGUAGGAACCUGUAUUUGAGGUCUUUCAGUGCCGUGAUUGAGCAAUAGUGUGUGUGUUUGAGUAUAUGUGUUUGUGUGUACUUCAGUGCUUUAAACAUCCAAUUUAUGCAAACUGUGAACAAACAUUCUGGGUAUAAUUUGCAUGGGUAUAAAUCUGGUAGGAAGGUAAAGAAGAGAAACGGAGGGAGGCGAAUGUUAAGAAAGGAGAGAAAAGUGAGAAAGUGAAAGAGCGAAAGAGAGAGAGAGAGAAGAAAGAGAGAGGGAGGAAGAAAUUGAAAGUGGUUUGAAAGAAAGUAGGGAAAGGUAGAGAGAGGGUGUAGAGUAAGUGUGAUUGUAUUUGUAAAUAUAAUUGUUGAUAAGAUAAUUGUGUAAAUGAAUGAAUGAGAUUAUUAGGAAUAACCUUAUCUUUAACUUACAUCUCUCAGUGACCCAUCACCUGAGGUCACACGAAGUAGCGGUCAAGUGUGAUUGUGUGCAUUAGUAUUUGUGCAUAUGUCAUACUUGCACAUUUACUUAGCAUGUAUUAUCACACGAAUUUCUAUCAGUCAUGGCCAAUUAUGAUUUAGAUAAUUAUCUCUCUCCAUCUUUUUGAAAAGUUAAAAGAUAUCUCUAAGACAGCAAUGGUAAUUUCAAUCUCAAUUAUGCUGCUAAUUCAAAUGAAAAAUAUUAUGCUUUUUCGCUAUCGCAGACUUUCAAUUUAACAGGAGAAUUUUUUUUUUUUUUUUUUUUUUUUUUUUUUUGCUGUGGUGGGGGACCACUUUGGUGUUCCAGGUGCCGCGGUUAAAGGGUUAAAAUGCUAUCUAUAAUAUUGUAAGAAUUUAGUGCUUAAGUACUACCUUUUUCUUCAUGUUGAAUGCGUGGACUUUGUAGUAAACGUUGAUGUUAGAUUAUAUGCAGAGAGAACUCAAAAAAAAAUAAAACAAAAAUCGUGUGUCAGAUAAAAUUCAUUUUUUUUCAGUGUUGUGUUUUUAACAUCUCGACCAACACGAAUGUAAAAAAAAAGUAAGUGUGAGUACAAAGUUCAGUGUUCCAUAGAAAAAAAAAAUCGACUUUCACCUGUUUGUAUAGUUAGGAACCUACAAGGGAGAAAAAACGGACCACCAGACCUUCUUUUGGGUUAAUAACCUUCCCACGUUGUAUAAAGAACUAUGUUAGGAUACAGCAAGCGACUGCCGGCUCAGUUUUUUUGGCUUCGAACGUGAGGUAAAAAAUAUUUUUGUAGCUCUGGCGCCUGUAUUAACACAGUGAUUUGUACACUUACCGAAUCUCUUGUUUGUCCCACCUUCUGCGGCUUUACCGUAUCUGAUUAAGUACAUGAAGAUGUAAUACUUAAUCUUUGAAAUAAAACAAAACAAAAUAGUA